CUAUACUGAUAAGUGAUGCCUUCAUUUGCAGCUCUUAAUCUGCAAGAAACUGUAGCUUCUGUUUUUCAUCCAAUCAAGUCAUAUCAUGCUCGAUCGCCCGUAUAUCAACCUUCAAUCAUCGCUUCCGAUCCAUUGAAAUCACAUAUAUCGAGCAAUGCUCACGCACCUUUGAGUCCAUAUCAUAGCCAUUCGGCCACAAAAAGUGUACAUAAAUCUAAGUCUUCAUCAUCCGUCUCGAGUUCGAGUCAUCAUUAUAGAAGCAAAGGUCCGAUUAUUGCCCCAUCACCAUUUUCGCGCCCUUUAUCAAGAGAUCGGAUUCGAAAAGGGCAUUUACCACUGCCUGCAAUUCCACACAAUCACUUAAACGGAUGCGAAUCUUUAUCAUGCACCGAGCCGCUAACUUACGCACCACCCGGUGAAUUAUGCGGUUGCGUUUGGCCGAUCAAAGUCAAACUCCGUUUUAGUCUCUCCGUUGACAAAUUUUUCUCAUUAGUCCCCGAGCUUGCUCGUGAAAUUGCAAACGGGGUCCCUUUGAGUCGAGAUCAAGUUCGUAUUGCCGGGGCAGAUGUCGCUGAUCAAGAGCUCCAGGAGAAAACCGAUGUUCUUGUUAAUUUGGUGCCACCGAUUAACGAACCGUUCAAAUACGCAACCGCAUUUUCCAUUUACGAGAAGUUUUUGAAGUCCGAGUUUCCAUUCAACACGUCGGUUUUUGGCGUUUACCAAGUGUUAUAUGUUAGCUAUCCAGGUCUACCUUCGCAAGCCUCGGGCUCUGGUACAAUCGACGUUCGACCUUAUCCCGGUCGAGCAAAAAACGACGAGCCGUUAAAACCAAUAGGUGUUGAUGUGUCGAGAGUUAGGAAAGAUAAUAAUUCAGACAGAAAUAUGAUAAUUAUAAUUAUCCUCUCAUCUGUCACGGCUUUUGUCGUUUGCAUGGCCUUCAUUCUGCUGCUCUUGUCUAAGUGUCGAAGUUUCUCGCACAGAGAGACUCAACACGUUAGUUCAGAAUCUCCAGAAGUAAAACCACAAAGUGGCAGUAAGCUGCCGAGCUCGACCUCAAUGUCUUUUAGCUCUAGUCUUCUCGCAUGCACGGGAACUGCUAAGUUUUUCACCAUUGAAGAUAUACAGAGAGCUACAGAUAACUUUAACAAAUCAAGUGUUCUAGGUGAAGGUGGUUUUGGGCUCGUUUACAGCGGAAUUCUUGAUGACGGGUCAAAAGUGGCGGUCAAAGUUCUGAAACGAGUCGACAAUCAAGGGGGGCGCGAGUUCUUGGCAGAAGUCGAGAUGCUCGGGAGGCUUCACCACAGGAAUUUGGUCAAACUGAUUGGCAUUUGUGCCGAGGACCAAUGCAGAUGCCUCAUUUAUGAGCUCGUACCAAAUGGGAGUGUAGAGUCUCAUUUACACGGGGUUGACAAGGAGAUUGCGCCUCUUAAUUGGAGUGCACGGAUGAAAAUUGCGGUUGGUGCAGCUCGGGGCUUGGCUUAUCUUCACGAGGACUCGAGUCCUCGUGUGAUUCAUCGGGACUUCAAGUCGAGCAACAUCUUGUUGGAACACGAUUACACGCCUAAGGUGUCGGAUUUCGGUUUGGCUCGAUCGGCAUUGGAUGAAGGAAACAACAAACACAUUUCGACUCAUGUAAUGGGAACUUUCGGUUACUUGGCUCCCGAGUACGCGAUGACGGGCCACCUCCUGGUGAAAAGCGACGUAUACAGCUACGGGGUAGUCCUUCUCGAGCUCCUCACGGGAAGAAAGCCGGUGGACCUAACCCAACCACCGGGCCAAGAAAACCUCGUCUCGUGGGCCCGGCCCGUACUCACAUCAUCCCAAUGGGCCUUCGACACAAUUAUGGACCCGUUACUAAAACUUGGAGGCGUGCCCUUGGAAAGUUUCGCCCGUGUGGCGGCCAUAGCUUCCAUGUGUGUCCAACCGGAAGUUUCUCACCGGCCUUUUAUGGGCGAGGUGGUUCAAGCACUCAAGCUCGUUUGUGACGAGUUCGAGAGGUCGAGGAGGAGCUUUUGCAGCCAAGAGGAAGUUUUGAUGGAUGAUGUGGAGGAGAGUGGGGUGUCGGGUGAGCUUGAGGAGGGUUAUGGGCCGGGCCUUGGCGAAAGGGUGGGCUUUUCGGGCUUCGACUUGAGAGGUGGGUCGGGUGGUUUUGGAGGGAGGGAGUCUGAGUCGUUCAGGCGCGAGUUCAACUCGGCGCCACUAAAAAUGGGGAGGAAAAAACGGAGGUUUUGGGAUCGGGUGAGGGGGCUUUCGGGCGGGAGCAUGAGCGAACACGAAUCACAGCUUCAGAUCCAGCAAAAGCCCUUAUUAUAUCUGCACUCUGUUUUUCCUCUGUUUACAGUGAACAAAAAAAUCCCCCAUCUUGAGGAAAUGGGUCGUCUGGUCUCGGGUCGGGUCGCCUCCAUUGUUUCUUGCUUGCUCCUCCUGUUCUCCUCCGGGAACUCCUUCUAUCUCCCUGGAGUUACGCCACGCGAUUUUCAAAGGGUAAUGCUGUUUUCUUCUUCUUCUUCUUCACUCACUAAUUCACAAUGCCUCAGUUCUUCUUCUUCUUCUUCUUCUUCUUCUUCUUCUUCUCACUCUGGGGAUGAACUUCAAGUCAAAGUCAACAAGCUAUCUUCUACUAAGACGCAACUCCCAUAUGACUUCUAUUUCUUGAAAUACUGCAAGCCGGAAAAAAUCCAGAAUGUUGGUGAAAACCUGGGAGAGGUUCUUCGAGGUGACCGCAUAGAGAAUUCAGUUUAUGUUUUUCACAUGAGGGACGAACAGUCUUGCAAAGUUGCUUGCAAAGUUCAUCUUGAUGACCAGGCUGCAAAGGAUUUCAAGGAGAAGAUUGAUGAUGAGUACAGAGUCAAUAUGAUUCUAGAUAACCUUCCAGUUGCAGUGCUCAGGCAAAGGAGAGAUGGAUUCGAAACAACAACUUAUGAGCAUGGCUUUCGUGUUGGGUUCAAAGGGAAUUAUGCUGGGACCAAGGAGGAGAAAUAUUUUAUUCAUAACCACCUAAGCUUCAGAGUUAUGUAUCACAAAGAUCCUGAAACUGAUUCUGCCCGAAUAGUUGGAUUUGAAGUUUCUCCAGUCAGCAUUAGUCACGAGCACAAAGAGUGGGAUGAUAAGAACCCUAAUGUCCCCACCUGCAACCAGAACACCAAAAACUUGGUUCAGGGGAGCACUGGUCCUCAAGAAGUGGAUAAAGACAAAGAUAUUGUAUUUACUUACGAUGUUGCUUACAAGGAAAGUGAAAUUAAGUGGGCUUCGCGGUGGGAUACCUAUCUUCUGAUGAAUGAUGACCAAAUUCACUGGUUCUCAAUAAUAAACUCUUUAAUGAUCGUCCUCUUCCUAUCUGGUAUGGUUGCCAUGAUUAUGAUGAGAACAUUGUACAAAGAUAUCACCAACUACAACCAAUUGGAAACCCAAGACGAAGCUCAGGAAGAAACUGGAUGGAAGCUCGUUCAUGGGGAUGUCUUCCGGGCCCCGGUAAACUCUGGGCUGCUGUGUGUUUAUGUGGGGACUGGUGUUCAGAUCUUCGGAAUGACACUUGUCACGUUGAUAUUCGCCUUGCUCGGUUUUCUCUCUCCUUCCAGCCGUGGUGCGCUCAUGUCACUCAUGCUCCUGAUGUGGAAUUUGAUGGGAUUAUUUGCAGGCUACUCAUCGUCUCGUCUUCAUAAAACGUUCAAGGGUUCUGAAUGGAAAAAAAUCACCUUAAAAACAGCCUUUUUGUUCCCGGGUAUUGUGUUUUCCAUCUUCUUUGCGCUGAAUGCUCUCAUUUGGGGAGAAAAAUCGUCCGGGGCUGUGCCCUUUGGUACAAUGUUUUGGUUGGUGUCUUCUUGGUUUGGAGUAUCUGUGCCGUUGGUAUUUUUUGGUAGCUAUUUCGGUUUCAAAGAAGCCGCCUUUGAGGAUCCCGUCAAAACCAAUAAAAUUCCGAGGCAGAUACCCGAGCAAGCCUGGUACAUGAAGCCGAUAUUCUCUAUACUAAUUGGGGGCAUUCUUCCAUUUGGGGCCGUUUUCAUCGAAUUAUUCUUCAUUCUGACUUCCAUUUGGCUGAAUCAGUUCUAUUACAUCUUUGGUUUCUUGUUUAUAGUCUUCGUGAUCUUGAUAAUCACUUGUGCAGAGAUCACGAUCGUUUUAUGCUAUUUCCAGUUAUGCAGUGAGGACUAUAACUGGUGGUGGAGGGCUUAUUUCACUGCUGGCUCGUCUGCUUUUUACCUUUUCCUUUACUCGGCCUUUUACUUUUUUACCAAGCUGGAGAUUACUAAGCUGGUCUCGGGUAUUCUGUACUUUGGGUACAUGCUUAUUGCCUCGUAUGCUUUCUUUGUGUUGACGGGGACAAUCGGGUUCUUUGCAUGCUUCUGGUUCGUUCGGAAGAUAUAUUCAUCAGUGAAGAUCGAUUGAAAGUGAAAAUAGUUAAUGCGUUACGGGAUUUUGGAUGAGAAGUAACAGCUGUGUAAAUUUUUCGCUUGUGUUGAUUUGAUGAGAAGUAACAGCUGUGUAAAUUUUUCACUUGUGUUGAUUCGAUGAGAAGUAACAGCUGUGUAAAUUUUUCACUGCCUGCUAAAAACACCAUUUUACCGUUUUUCUGGUCUAACAACCUGCUAAUGUCUGGUUUUGCGUAUACAAAUUUUUUGGUUUGCUGAAAAUUGGGUUUUGAAGAAUUACCUACAACUUGUUGAAGAAAAAUGAUAGAUUAGUUAGUUGUUUUAUGAUCUUUAGUUCGUGUUACGCUAUUUGGUUUGAUUUACAAUUUUUUUUAUGANGCUUCUGAUGAUAAUUACUG